UUCUACAUGAGGUUCGUUUUAAUUGUUAUUAACGUGGCUCUUGGGAUACUUGCAACUGUUUUGUUGGUCAUUGGAAUUUUACAUUUGUGUCGAAUUUCAUACAUUACUGGUUUGACCCAAGCAUUCAAUGUAGGAUACAUUGUAAUAGGUACAGGAUGUUUGCUUUUUGUGACUGUUUUAAUAGGUGGGGCAGCUUCUAUGCGUGACAGAAAAUUUCUUCUUAUUAUGUACGGAAUUUUACUGCUGUUCUCGCAUAUUCUCCAAAUGAUCAUGAGUAUUCUAUCUUUUUUAGAAGUAAUAGGAAUGACUGAAUUUAUAAACGGUGAAUUAGCUUCCAAAUUUGAGAAUUACCAUAAUGGAACAUCUUCGAAUAAAGACGAAGUAGAACGAAUACAAUAUGAGUGGCAGUGUUGUGGUUUUGGUAAUAUUACUUACAAUUGGAAAGACCCACUUCCUAAAAGUUGCUGCCCUUACAAAAAAAUGAAGGAAAAGUGUGAAAAAAAUAAAUCUUCAAGGGAAGACUGUAAAAGUGCUGCGAUUCGAGUACUUCAAGUUCCUUUAAAAGCUUGUGGUACUUUUGCAACAAUAUUUGCAAUUUUUGAGUUUUUUCUUGCUCUCUGGACUUUUUGUACAGCAUCAAAUAUAAAGAACAAUGCAGAAAAUUUAAAUCGUUAUUCAAAUUCGGUUAUGUAAUUCAAUAAAAAUUAUAAUCAUUAA